AUGGCCGUCACUGCGGUUCAUCUUGAGUCGGACGCCUUCUUAGUGUGUAUGAAUCACGCUUUAAGCACGGAGAAAGAAGAAGUGAUGGGUUUGUGUAUCGGAGAGAUCGAAGUAACCCGCAUCGUCCACAUUCAUUCCGUCAUGAUCCUCCGCCGCUCUGACAAAAGGAAGGACCGGGUGGAGAUUUCCCCGGAGCAGCUGUCUGCCGCCUCCACCGAGGCCGAGAGGUUGGCCGACAUGACGGGCAAGCCGAUGCGGGUGGUGGGUUGGUACCACUCGCAUCCGCACAUCACCGUAUGGCCUUCCCACGUUGACGUGCGGACUCAGGCUAUGUACCAAAUGCUGGAUCAGGGCUUCGUGGGCCUCAUCUUCUCCUGCUUCAUCGAGGACAAGAAUACCAAGACGGGCCGCGUACUUUACACCUGCUUCCAGUCGGCCCAGGUCCAAAAAGGCUCCGACUAUGAGCGUGUGGAGAUCCCGAUCCAUGUCGUCCCGCGUGAGGCCAUAGGUAAAGUGUGCCUGGAGUCAGCCGUGGAGCUGCCGCGAAUUCUGUGUCAGGAAGAGCAGGAUACAUACCGUAAGAUCCACAGCCUGGCCCACUUGGACCCAGUCACCAAGAUCCACAAUGGAUCUGUGUUCACCAAGAACUUGUGCAGCCAGAUGUCAGCGGUGAGUGGGCCGUUGUUGCAGUGGCUGGAGGACCGGCUGGAGCAGAACAAGCAGAGUAUCGUGGAGCUUCAGCGGGAGAAGGAGAGGCUGACGCAGGAACUCGGUGCCCUCUGA